AUGUCUACCACCUCUGCAGUCAACGUACUACGGUACUCGGCCCUGUCCGUGGGCGUUUUCUACGGCUUCUACCACCAGAGAUCAAUCAACGCAACCCAGAGGGCGGCUGCUGCGCGUCGGGAAUAUGAGCACAAGCAGGCGCUGAUAGACAAGGCCAAGGCCGAGUACACAAAGUCGAAGCAGCCCGUCACUGCUGCCACGACCAAGAGCGCAACCAAGCAAGAUCCCGAGGACCCGAACUUCGACCUGGAGGCCUAUUUGACCGCUUUCGCAAAAGAGAACCCGUAA